AUGAACUCGGUACCUGCACUGACGCCGUUCCUCUAUCAGUACUGCCUGACAUCUACCGAUCAGGCCACAGCCGUCGUCUACUUCACCUCCAGGCGGAAAUGGAGAGGCCAUCACGGUACCGCAGUGCGAAGCCUGGAACCAACGGCCGUGCUGUCCAUCUGCCCUCCCCUCCGCUUACCCGUCGUCAUGUUCGACGAGUCCACGGGCCAAGUCUUCCAGGAAUGGACCCUGUCACGCCAGGCGAUGUCGCCCCAGGGGAUUGAUGCCCAGGACUGGUCUCGUCGACAGCCCAUCGCCUCCUCGUCGACGUCGGUUCGAGAGCGAGGCCCGCGCUCCCUCGUGGCCAUGACAAUCAAUGUCAUUGUCAGCAACAUUGGUAGAAUACCAUCUUGGGAGUAUCUGACCCAUGUUCCCCAGCACCUGCAGCGGCGCAUCUGGCGCUUUCUGGAACCGAGCGGAGUCAGUUUGCAUGCCUGGAAGCUAUUCUCCAAGCUCCUAUGCCUGGCGGAUGCCGAGAAGACGCUCGGGCUGUGCCGCUUUCGACAGCACAUUUGCGAGCCGGACAGCGCACUGCGGCGGUACUCGCAGCCCUUGACCUCCUUGACGGCCGAUUUCAUCACCCACCUCAUCAUUGCGGGAGGGUGCAAGUUUAGGGCCAACGAAAUGCUUUGCCUCGCCGAGAUGAGGAAUCUCGGCGUCCUUGAGCUCCUCCAACCAGCCGAGAGUGAGUUGGCGAGCUAUCCCCGUCUAAGUAAUCGUCUCAUUCGCGGUUGGACCGAGGUGAAAAAUCCGUUUCCUCUUCUUCGGAUCCUGCGAAUUUGUGGUGGUGACCAGCACGCCACCCAAGAGUCCCUUCCUCUGGUCUCCCAAUUUCCCUCGUUGGCCCUCUACGAUGUCACAGCCUCCAGGGAAGACUGGCCCGACCCGGCCGACCUCGCGCGUGCCCACGGCUGGAACACGGCCUUUCUAGGACCGGACAAGGACGAUUCCCUGGUCGACUACCUCAUGCUCCUCCUUCCGCCCGAUCAGUGGCAUCAUGUCCAACCUGCAGAUCUGGCAAAGGCCAUUCAGACUGAUCUGGCCGCCUUGUAUGGCGACUCCCAAAUUGAAGUCAGGUUCGCCGCUUGUGAAGAAGCGAUCCCUCUCCAGGGCUACAUGACAGAUGCCGCAAAAGGCAGCAUGCUGGCUGGGGGCACCGGUGGCGACUCGCAGAAGCGUGGCACCUCUUGCCGCCAACGUCCACUCGAAACCUGGGCCUUUUGGCUCUACUCUUUCUUGGGUCAAGUCGGCCAUGACAGCGACCUGAGGCGGAACGGCAUUUCGGUCGAUUCGCACCUUGUUGCCGGCCCUUUCAUUCUACCAUCCAAGCCUCUGGCAUGCCUGUCUCUUGGACAUGGCCGUCGUGGGAGAACAGAGUUGCAAUGGCCAUAUGAUCAUCCUUGGCCGCUCCCCAUGGUCCAUCGCGUCUUCACAAGACUCAGCAUUGCCCGCGCCACGUCGGACACCGAUCCUUCGUCAAUACCUCCGAAUUUCGUGGCGACCGAGACGCGAGAUCCAGCCUUACGGAGACGGAAGAGGCAACGCUUAGACGACGUGCUGCGGGACCUGUCAGGAUGA